CGUCAUCCAUACUUGUUCGUUUUUACGCUCUCUUACGCCAGUCUCCCAUCGAUUAAUGUAAAUCCAGAGCUAUGAGCUCCUAUUCUUGAGAGAUUUAGAUUUUCUUUUUUAAGUUUUGUAAUUGGAUCUUCCACGUUCGACAAUGUCAAGGGACAUUUCCAGCUCCGGAUUCGUCUCUAAGAAUGCAAAUGAGAACGAGUUCGAAAACUCGUCGAGUUCGGCUCAUUUCCCACCUCUGAGAACUCCGCUCAACUCGAUUCCCGAUCCGUCUCAAUACCAGAAAGAAACGCAGAAUCAAGACGAACACGAUUUCGAUUUUAAAGACAAAUCCGAAUCUACUCGAACACUUCAUAAAACCCCGAGGGUUACCGGUCGCCACGGCAAGCUGCAUUCCGAGCCGAACUCCGCUCAGAGUACUCCGGCGAGAAGCGGUCCGCGGUUUUCGCUCGGGGGCGGAGCUGGAACUUGUGUUGCCAGUAGAGUUACUCAAGUUAUUGGAGGAAGAGGUGGAGUGAGCUCCAGCUCUUAUUCUAGGGCUUCGAGAGGGACUUCGAUGAUGGAUAAUUCCAAUUUCUUGGUUGGCGCUCCAUAUUUCGAGCUCAUUGAGGAUCCUUCCUUUUGGAGAGAUCGCAAUGUGCAGGUGUUGAUAAGAAUUCGGCCACUGAGUACGAUAGAGAGGGUUUCAGAAGGAUACGGUCGGUGUUUGAAGCAGGAGAGUGCACAAACUUUAGUGUGGCUAGGACAUCCUGAUACCAGAUUUACCUUUGAUAAUGUAGCUUGCGAGACCGUAUCACAGGAAAAGCUGUUCAGAGUAGCUGGUCUACCCAUGGUGGAGAAUUGCUUGUCUGGGUAUAAUAGCUGUAUGUUUGCUUAUGGUCAGACCGGUAGUGGCAAAACAUAUACUAUGAUGGGUGAAAUAUAUGAGAUGGAAGGCCAGCUCAGUGAAAAUUGUGGAAUAACUCCUCGUGUAUUUGAAUAUUUAUUUUCAAGGAUUAGAAUGGAAGAAGAGAGCAGGAAGGAUGAGAAGUUGAGGUUCAGUUGCAAAUGUUCCUUCCUAGAGAUAUAUAAUGAGCAAAUAACGGAUCUUUUGGAGCCUUCAUCAACUAAUCUUCAACUCAGAGAAGACUUGAAGAAAGGUGUAUACGUGGAAAAUCUUAUGGAAUAUAAUGUGCGGACUGUUGAUGAUGUUCUCAAGCUUCUCUUGCAGGGUGCUGCAAACAGAAGAAUGGCAGCAACCAACAUGAACAGCGAGAGCAGCCGAUCCCAUAGUGUUUUCACUUGUAUCAUUGAAAGCCAAUGGGAGAAAGAUGCUAUGACCCACUUUAGAUUUGCAAGGUUAAAUUUGGUGGAUUUAGCUGGUUCUGAAAGGCAGAAGAGCUCCGGUGCAGAAGGAGAUCGUCUGAAAGAAGCAGCAAACAUAAACAAAUCUUUGUCAACUCUUGGCCUGGUAAUAAUGUCUCUGGUGGAUCUGGCACAUGGGAAACACAGACAUGUGCCUUACAGAGAUUCUCGACUGACAUUUCUGCUUCAGGACUCACUAGGUGGAAACUCAAAAACAACAAUUAUUGCAAAUGUCAGCCCAUCCAUUUGUGCUGCAAAUGAAACUCUAAGCACACUGAAGUUUGCUCAGCGUGCCAAACUUAUUCAGAAUAACGCUAAAGUGAAUGAAGAUGCUUCAGGUGAUGUUCAUGCACUGCAGAGGCAAAUCCAACAAUUAAAGGGCCAGCUGUCUUCCUUGUUGAAGCAUCAUAACUUCCCAAACUCUCCAACUAGCUGUGUGCCAAGUUUUGAAGAAUCAAAAAUGGGAGACGAUUCAGGAAAAAAUGAAAACACAGGAGAGAAAAUGGCAGAUUCUAGGAUACAGAACAUUCACAAUAAGAAGAUGAAACGCAUGGAAGCUACUUUAGCUGGUUCCUUAAGGAGAGAAAAGAUGGCAGAAGUAGCAAUCCGGAAAUUAGAGGCUGAAAUUGAGCAAAUGAACCGCUUGAUUUGUCAAAGAGAAGAAGAUGUUCAACGGGCUAAAAUGAUGCUUAGGUUUCGGGAGGAGAAGAUAAAAAAUCUUGAAUUGCUGUCAACUGGCCUAGUAUCAACUGAGGAGUAUCUCACGGAGGAAAAUCGAGCUUUGAAGGAAGAGAUUGAAUUGCUUCAGACAAAGAUUGACAGAAAUCCUGAAGUGACACGUUUUGCUUUAGAGAAUAUUAGACUUCUUGAACAGCUGCAAAAAUUUCAAAAUUUUUAUGAGCAUGGAGAGCGAGAAACACUGCUGGGUGAAGUUUCGGAAUUGCGGAACCAGCUUCUAGAAGUUCUUGAAGGAAAGAAUAGAUUAUCUGCUAGAUAUGAGAAUCAGGAUGGGAACACUAUGAAGGAGUUGGAAGAUUGCAGGAAUAUGAAUUCCAAACUGAUGAGGGAAGUAGAAGAGUUACAAAUGGAACUGAGAAAAUACUUGAACUGUAGUCAAUCAGCAUCUGAUUCUGUUGCUUAUUCUCCCUCCAAGGAUCAUGAGGAAUACAAAUAUUCAUUGGUUGAGACUAUAUCAGUCUGUUGUGACUCUGGAGAUGAGAUAGCAUCCUAUUCCCAGAAGGAUGAUGUCGCUUUAGAAAAUCAAAAUGAACAGAACAUAAGUGUUGCUUCAGAUACGCAACAUAGUGUCUCUCAAAAGGAGUUGAUAGAUGCAAGAUUGCUAAUUAAGGCAAUGGAGGCUGAGCAUAUCUAUUUACUUAAAGAGCUGCAGCAUCUGCAGGAAGAGAACAGAAGAUACAUGGAAAUAAUAAGCAAUAAAGAACUGGAAAAUGAAUCUGUUCAUAAACUUCAGAUUGAUUGCCUUGAACCAGAUCACUUGGCAUCUAAAAACAAAGGCCUGGUCAUGGAGAGGGAAGACAUUGAUCCAAAGGAUUUACAGGACAAGUUGGAUAGAUUGACUAAAGACCUUGAUAAUGCCAGAUUACUUAAUUGUCAAUAUCAACAGGUUCAGGCAUCACAAUUGUCUUGCCAGCAUGAAGCUGACUUAGUGCGUGAACAGGUUGAGAUGGAAACCGCAAGGACAAUUCUUCAUUUGCAGGAAGAGGUUGCUACACUUCAGUUGGAGCUCAAUGAAAGACUAGCUUCCGUUACUCAAGAAAAUAUAAGGCUAAGAGAUACAAUCACGGCUAAAGAGGAGGAAGUAAAGUCAACUUGUAUAGAGUGGGAAAGGGCAACUUUAGAACUCACUAGCUUCCUUCUAGAUGGUUCUAAAUCUCUCAAAGAUGCCUCUUGGCAGAUAGAAAAUAUUGCUCGUUCAUUUCCUCAAAUUAACGUUUGGGUUGGUGAAAAUGUUGAGAGAGCUGCAAGAGUUUGCAUUGACAAAGAAGAAAGAAUUCUACUUCUGCAGAGAAGCUUGGAAGAUGCACAGAGGAUGACAGUGGAAAUGGAGAUGAAGUUAAGUUCCUUGAAGGGAGCGACAAUUGCUUUAAAUGAAUUUCAGGAACCAAGGGGCGAUAUGAAAACAGAUGACACAGCCCUAUUAAGCAUGUUAUUCAAUGAGAAGAUAGAUUUGGAGAAAGUUCUACUGUAUGAACUCAAACUUAAGGAGGAUCAGCUUACCAUGGCAGUAAAACGAGCUGAUGCUGCCUUCUUGGUUGCAAAAUGGCUUGUAGAUUGCAACAAGGCUGUUUAUGGAGAUCACGCUGAGGUGGACAUUCCAAUCUUAACGCUAGCCACUUCUGAGGGAAUGCAAAGCAAUGUGAUGGCUCGUAUAAAGUUUCCAACAGUUGAUGAUCUUAAGGCUCAAGUGGAGUUGGCAAAGUUAGUAAUAUUGGAGUCUGAGAAUGUUAUUAAUACUUCUCAUAAAGAUGCAGAAGUCCAUUUAUCCACCCUCCAAACAGACAUUUUCGAAGCCUAUUCAGUUUACAAGGAGUUGCUUCAGGAUUUGCUGAGAGAAAUUCUUGACAUAAGGAGUAAAUUUUCUGAACUAAAUGAGAACUGUAACAAUUUUCAGUUUUCUACAAUCAAAUUGCAAUCAGUGGGCGCAGCUAAGUCUUUGAAGUGUCACCUGCUGCAACAAAUAAAAGGUGAACUUGCUCAGGCAAAUGAAAUUCUUAAGUUAAUUAAAGACUGCAUUAAAACAAAAGCUAGUAUGAAUGUCUGCAUGUCAAAUGAAGAGGAUGUGAUUGAAAAUGACAGCUGGAGUUCUAAUUCUUCAACAUCAAGCUCUGAUUUUUCAAUUGAAAGUUUUGCUUCUGGAAACAAUUUGAGUGGAUCACACUGCUCCAGGAAAACGGCUGAGCUGAUGGAUGAUACAAAAUUUAAAGGAGUCUCACUUGAAUCUGAUUUGGAAUUCUCAGAAAAGUCAGUAACAUUUGGUCUUAGAAAGGAGUUGCGAAAGGCAUUGGAUGUUUUCCAUAAAUUAUAUGUUUGGUUAACCACAAUCCUUGACGAGAAUGAUAUUGGAGAAUGUUCUCACACAGAAGGGCUUCCUUCGUUUGGGUUGACAAUGCAGAUUGAUGAAGCAGGAUCCCAUAAUACGGUAGAGGCACUUGCUGAUGAUAAAAUCAGUCCUGCUAAAAGCUUCUUAAAAAAAUUUGAGGAAGCCCAUGCGACCAUGAAAGAAGCUGAUUACAUGUUAAAUGCAUUGCUGAAAGCAAAUGAAAGCACAAAACUGUUGAAUAGUAUAUGGAAGCAAGCAAGUGAAGAAUUGAUUGUAGAGAAAUCAAACUUGAUUGAUGAAGUUGAAAAGCUCAGAUAUUCAAUAAGUUUGAAAGAAAGAGAGAAUGAAUUGCUGCAGGAUCAAAUACGUUAUACUUUGGUUGAAACAGCCGACUCAAUAUCUCUGCUUGAAGGGUGUUUCCAGCAAAUGCAAAGACAAGUUGAGGAUAAGUUUAAGGUUUUAUAUUCUGAAGUUUUAUCUAUCAGGCAGGGGGUGCUUUUCUCUGUAUGCAACACAAGAUCAUCAUUUGAAGACAUUUGCUAUGAGAUGAUGGAGAAAGAAUUUUCAUUAUUUGUUUUGUAUCAGUGCUAUUUUGGAGACUUUAUCCGCAAAACUUUAACCUUCAGCAAUGAAUUACGUUCUCAUCCAUUGCAAAGACCAGAAUUUCACUCAGUUGUAAAUACUUCAGUAAAGAGUCACUCCAUUAGGCAAGGUGACAAUGUGGUUUAUCAUAAGAAAAGCAUAGAGGAAGGAAAUGAAGGCAAGCAACUCAAACAUUUAGAAGAUCAAGAAGCAGACCUCUCACAUAAUGAUUUGAUAGAUGAAAAUCUCUCUCUUAAGAAAGAAUUGAAAAGAAAAGAAGUUUUGUUGGAGGGUUUGCUUUUUGAUCUUCACUUGUUGCAAGAAUCGGCGUCCAAUAGCAAAGAAAUUAAAGAUGAAAGUGAAAAGUUAAUGUCGGCUUUGAGGCAAGUCCGCCAUGAGGUAGAGAUGAAAACAAAUCAAGUUGAUGACUUGUUGGUUCAGCACAGUAAACUUGAAAAUCGUCUAAGUGAUGCUGAAAAUGCUCUGUUAAUAUCAAACUCCAAUCUGGAGCAGGCUAAAGAAACAAUAGACUCUCUGUUAGACCAAAAUGCUGAGAUGAGAAUGCUUUUAAAAGACCUCUAUCUCAAGAAAGCUGAGGCUGAAGAAAGACUGGAAGAGCAGAAGGAGGUGGUGAAAGGAUUGGAAAAAGAAAUCCUUCAUUUGAAUUAUUCAGUGGAAAAGGACUUACUCUCAUCAGUUGAAGGCAUUGAGGAGGACUUGAGAAAGGUCACUAGCGAGAGAGAUGAACUCCGUGAAGAAAUUUUCUCACUAAAUGAUAAGCUUGAGAUAGCCCAUGCAUUGGCUGAUGAAAAUGAAGCUAUCGCAGUUGAAGCUCGUCAGGAGUCAGAGGCAAGUAAAAUAUAUGCUGAACAAAAGGAGGAGGAAGUCAAGAUCCUGGAGCAUUCUGUUGAGGAACUUGAAUCUACCAUAAAUGUCUUGGAGAAAAAGUUAUAUGAACUGGAUGAGGAGGUAGAGAGGCAUCGGUUGAUCAGAAAUUCUUUAGAGCAUGAACUCCAAGCUCUGAGAGAUAGAUUGUCAAAAGUAGAUAACUUUGCUGAUGUUGUGCAUUCAGUUAACUCAAAUGCUGAACAAACUGAAGAUCUUAUGUCUAGGCAAAUGCACAAUAAAUUGCUGGAACUCCAUGAGGCACAUGAUCAGAUAAGAAUUCUAGAGAAGGAAAAAGCAGAGCUGAGUAUAGAGAUCAAACAAUGCAAAGAGUACAUCUCGGAACUUGUGUUGCAUUCUGAAGCCCAAGCAUCACAGUACCAACAGAAGUACAAGACCUUGGAGGCCAUGGUUCGUGAAGUGAAAACAGAUUUGCCAUCUUCAACAUCAACAGUACCAAUAUCGGACAAAAAUGAGAAAACCUCAGCAAGAAGCAGGGGUUCAAGCUCACCAUUCCGGUGCAUUGCAAGUUUAGUACAACAAAUGAAUUCAGAGAAGGAUCAAGAAUUGUCAAUGGCCAGGCUUCGCAUAGAAGAGCUGGAAGCAGUGUCAGCUAGUCGGCAAAAAGAGAUAUGCAUGCUAAACACGAGGCUAGCUGCAGCAGAAAGCAUGACACAUGAUGUCAUCAGGGAUUUACUUGGUGUCAAAUUGGACAUGACUAAUUAUGCAAACUUAAUAGACCAGCACCAGGUUAAAAAAUUAGUGGAGGAGGCUCAUCAGCAAGCAGAAGAGUUCCUUGCAAAGGAGCAAGAAAUUCUCAACUUAAGAAAUCAGGUUAAUGAUCUCAUAGAGGAAAAAGAGAGUUGCUUAUCUGAAAUAAGUAAGAAAGAUGCAGAUAUACUCACUGCACAGUUGAGUUUAGAGCAGCUUCAGCAGCGAGACCAGUUUUUUUCUGCACAGAAUCAAAUGUUAAAGAUGGAGAAGACCAACUUGAUAAAGAGGGUUGCGGAAUUGGAUGAGCUCAUAAAAACGCUCGAAGGAACAUCAUCAAGUAACCAAAAGCAAACAAAUCAGACAUCACAGAUUAAGGAGAAUGGUCCAUCAAAUCUGGGUGGUUUCGAUUUCCCCAAGAGACUGGCACAUUCCGAAAGGCUGCUUUCUCGAGUGAACACUGAACUGGCUCAAUUUCGUAGGACUAAUGGCCGUCAACUGCAUGGUAAAACAUGUGGACAAGGCUUUGAAGCAAAAUAUAGGAAACACAAGGAUUAAACUGUGCUUCAGUCGCCGUAUCUGCCUUUCUAGCAGAGCCUAAUCUAUCCCACAUCUUUCUUCAUUUCAUCUUCUCCACGCCAGGAUAUGGGAAAUGGAGACAUUCAAGGCUCCAAUGAAGCAGUACAUGAUGUGGAACCAUAGAUAGGUUGGACAGGAGAAGAGGUACUUGGAUAAUCCCCAGAGUCAACAUCUUC